AUGGCGGACGCUGAAGAAAAAGCGCGCCAGGAAAAGAUUGCGGCCGCAAAGAAGCGCGUCGAGCAACGCAAGAAGAAGAAGGACAAGAAGACUUUCGAAACUGUCAAGGACGAUACCAAGGAUGAGGUUGUCGACGCUGCUGCGGAUGCAGCACCCGAUGCCACCAGCGAAGAUGCCGACAAAGAAAAAGACUCGGCUAUCGAGGAGAAGCCCGAUGAUGGCAAGGCCGACGAAUCCGAGCCCACUUCCACACCGUCCCUCGCCGAACAGUCGAAAGCCAGAUCUACAUCGUUUCGAGCGAGCUCUAUCUCGGGCAAGCCUACCUCUCCUGGGCCAUUAAGCCCGGAUGGUGACACCGCGCCCGACAUCUACAGGAAACAUGUCGCCAAAAUCGAAGAGCUUGAAAGGGAAAACAAGCGUCUCCAGAAAGAAUCUUCCGACUCGGAGAAGAGAUGGAAGAAGGCAGAGGACGAGCUUGCCGACCUACGAGAAGCCGAAGACAAGAAGGGCUCAGGCGAGACAGAAAAGCUGAAGAGCGAAAUUGCUUCUCUGGAGCGCCAAAACUCACAACUGCAGCAGCAAGUGUCGCGCGGCUCCGGCCACGCGCAUCGCCAGUCCGUUUCCACCACGUCGCCGCCCCCUGCGUUUCAGGCCGAGCUCGAUUCAAAGACAUCAACAAUUGAAUCCAUGGAGAUUGAGAUCUCGAAACUGCGUUCGCAGCUCGAGCGUCACCAGAGCGGAGCCUCCUCAGAGAAGGAGCAGGUCGCCGCGCUGGAAGACAAGGUGGCACGUGCCGAGGCUGCCGCGGGCAAAGCGCAGCGAGAACUCCAAGAUGUCAAGAAGAACUUGGAGCGCGCCACCGAGAAGGCGGUUCGGGAAGGCAGCGAGAGAUCUAGUGCCGAAACUAAGGCCAGCACGCUGGAGCACGAGCUGACUGCAUUGAGGACUACCCAUGAGGAGCUCGUAAAGAAGGCCGACGGCUUCGAAAAGAAGGUUGCCACACUAACAACUCUGCACAAGGAGCAAGACUCCCGCUCACAGAUGCUGAAGCGUGAAAAGGACAAGGCCGAGGCUGAACUCGCUGAGCUCCGCACGAGAGUCGAGAAGCUCGAGGGCGAAAACACCAAGCUCCGCAGCCGCAAAUCUACCGACGGCGGCGGCGGUCUUGACGAUGAGGGCAUGGACGAGCUCGAAAACGAAGAGCGCCAGCGCCUGGAGAAGAAGAUUCGAUCCCUGGAGAAGGAGGUCCAUGAGUUGCGCAGCGGCGAGUGGAUCCAGCGCCGCCGCGACAUGGAGGCAUCGGGCUUCCAAGACGUUGAUCUCUCCGCGCCGUAUGGCUCACCCGCACAGCGCAAGAACUCGGCCGGCGGCAUCGGCCAGUUUCUCACCAACGGCCUCAAUGCGCUCGCCGGCGGUGGGGAAGACGAGGGGCUCCUGGAGGAUGACGACGACGAGUUUGACGAAGAGGCGUUCCGCAAGGCGCACGAGGAGGAGCAGAUGCGCCGCCUGGAGCGCAUCAAGGAGCUGAAGCGUGCGCUAAAGCACUGGGAGGGUUGGAGGCUUGACAUUGUGGACUUGCGCCGGGGUGGUGUACAUGGUAUCGGUGAUAUAUUUGAUGUCUAA